CUCAGCGUGCCUCCUUCGCGUCGGGAAGGUCGCCGCGAUGGCUCCGAGCACGGAAAGCGGGGAAGGGAGCCCUGGCCGCGGGGUUCGGAAAGGCGUCCGGGCCGUGCUGCUGGGGCCGCCCGGGGCGGGGAAGGGGACCCAGGCUCCUCGCCUCGCCGAAGCCUAUUGCGUGUGCCACUUGGCCACGGGGGACAUGUUGAGGGCAAUGGUGGCUUCCGGCUCAGACCUGGGGAAAAGGUUGAAAGAAACCAUGGAUGCUGGGAAGCUGGUGAGUGACGAAAUGGUGGUAGAGCUGAUUGAGAAAAACCUGGAGACUCCCCCCUGCAGAAAUGGCUUCCUUUUGGAUGGGUUCCCUCGCACAGUGCGGCAAGCAGACAUGCUGGAGGAGCUCAUGGAGAAGAGAAAAGAGAAACUUGAUUCUGUCAUUGAAUUCAGAGUUGCUGACUCCUUACUCAUCCGGAGAAUCACUGGACGGCUGAUCCACCCAGGCAGCGGCCGCUCGUACCAUGAUGAAUUGAACCCUCCGAAGGUCCACAUGAAGGACGAUGUCACUGGGGAGCCAUUGAUACGCCGGUCGGAUGACAACGAAGUAGCAUUGAAAACUCGCCUGAAGGCUUACCACACCCAGACCGUGCCGCUGAUUGACUACUACUCCAGGCGUGGGAUCCAUAGGGCCAUCGACGCUUCCCAAUCCCCUGACGUGGUUUUUGCCAGCAUCCUGGCAGCUUUCUCAAAAGCAACAUGUAAAGACCUGGUUAUGUUUGUUUAGGGCUCUUCUCUUGCCUGGCACUUCCUUCUCCUCUCCUGUCUUCUGGGGUCAGCGAGCAAGAGUUGUAGCAGGGUUGUGAAGCAGCCAGGAGGCAGAAGGCAGUUCAAACUGCCCAUUAAACAAGAACGUGGCUCUCUCUAAGCGGUGUGUAUGCAGUUUUUAAUGUACAGAAACAUUCUUGGCCUGUGCGUGCAGAUGACCUGCAGGGGGCGCGGUGGACCAGUACUCCACUCUCUGGAGCCUAGAGGUAGGAUUACAUCUGCUCAGUCAAAAGUGGAAAUUUCUUUGGUACUUAUCUGGAAGAAGUGGUUAAAUUGGAAAGUUGCUGCAGUUUCUGCUUUUCCACUUGCAUGCCAAGUGGCUUGGCACAGAAGCCCUGAAGGUCAUGAAUGAGAGGCAGUGGGAAGGAAAGUGGCUGGCCGGCCAUUCUGGUCCUGAGUUCUUGGCUCUGUGACUGCAAGAAAUACCAUGCUGGGUCAGUUUAAGAGAGUGUGUCUGAAAAGACAGAUGUGUGCACUUUUGUGAAAAGCAGGCAUUCAAGGCUGUAUGUACAUCCUGUUUUUUUCUGUCUGGGCCAAGUGAAAGCGUAACCAGCACAGCACAUGAUGUCUCCAGCUCUGUGUUUAUUCCAUACUUGCACAAUAUUAUAGUGGAAAAAUGAGUAUUGGUUUCCUGUACAGAAUUCAGAACCUUCUCUUUUGCUUCCAUUUUUUUUAACCUUCUAGUCCUCAUGACUGUUAGAAGUUUUAAAAGUAGAACUGGUCACUGAUCAGGGAGUGGGCCUUUCGCAUGCUCUUCGUGGCUAAUAGAAGCCAAACAAAUUAAGUAAACUAUUGAAAUGGAUGUCAAACUGCCUACUCUGUGUAACUUAUUCAGCUAGGAAAGUUCAACUUUUCUUUGGGCGGAACUUCUGUUUGUUUGCUUGUUUCAUGUUAUGUGCCAUAACUUGGCCCAAAAUGGCAAAAUGAGGGCCAGUUUGGCAUGGUGAGAGUGCAGAUGGGGGUGUUCUAGGCUAUGUUGCCCUUGUGUGAUUGUGCCAUUGGAGGAAAAUCCACAAAUCCCACCACGUAGGUUCGAGCAGCUUUGUGAUGGAACCACAACGUGGGUUGGCUUGUAUUCAUGGUGGAGAAAUUGCAAAGCCAUUUUUUUGUGCAAGAGCAUGGCUGAGCCCAGAUGCUCGGUAUUUCUGGUGCACAAGUUUGCUCAGGAGAGUUGGCUUUGUAUCCCUCUUGGGUUGUAGGGACUGGCUCUGCUUUUGCCUUUAAAUUGGCCGUCUCUUUGUAACCUCAUUUUUCUGCCAGGAAUCCCUGUGAAAAGGAUCCAACUGGAACUGGAAAUAGCCUUGAGUUGUCUAAACCCCUGCAGGUCUGACCUGCCUUUGGGAUACCCUUGGGAUGCACUUGAUUUGCCACAAGCCAAGCAGGGCCCAGGGGAGCUUUAAUUUCAGAAUAGGGUUCUGUCUGUGUGGCACUUGUAAUGCUGGUGUGCAAAAGUUCCUCCCGUGAAUAUUAAAUCUGUGUUUCUUGCGCCUGUGGCUAUUCCAGCCUACCUUCAGGAUCACAUUCAUAAGUGCCAAUUGGUCCCACACAGCCUUCCAGUCCUCUUGCCUGUUCCGUAGGUUUUGCCAACUUGAUAGAUCGGGGCGAUAAAGACGAGAGUGCUGUUGGUGGGGGAGGGCCUUUUAUCUGCCCACUGUCCUGAUCUGUCUCUUCUCAUUUGUCUCUUCUUUUUUUCCCCUCUUCUGAUUUAUUCUUAUGCUUUUCUUAAAUUCUUCUUGAGAAUUCUCCUGAAAGAACCACACUCUGCUUUUGAAAAACUCUAAAGAGGCUGAAAGAGCCUCUUGCUUUGCCCAAGAAACACAGCAGAGCCAACGCUUCAUCUGUUGAGCCGGUGUAGUAUGUUAUGAAGAACUUUGACGUUUAAAAAUAUAUAUCAUGUUUUGUGGUUGAAAUUAUGUACAUUACUAGAAAAUGUUUGUUGCUUUAAUAGCUUGGUGACCGUCUCCAAAUUAAAGCUGCCUUUUCUCA